ACACCACGGCAGUCCGUAGCUACCGCCGCUUACCUGUCCGUCGUCAGUGCCGCGAUAUUCCCUCCAAAUGCGUGUUAUAAUUUUAUAAAAACCGAAUUUCAAAGUGAUGAUAUUUUGAAAAAAAAAAAAAUAAAAUAUCGAUUUUAACGAUGGUGUAAGUAGUAUUUCAAGACCAAACAGCACAAUAAUUACAGUGAAUUGAAAUAUCACCCAUAGUGGUUUAAGGAUCCUUCGAUUAUGGACUGAUAGCUGCUACACAUUUUAGUAAGUCUAUAUAUUAUUAUGCACUUAUAUGUUUUUUUUUUUUUUUCAUAAUGUUAACGAUUAUUUUAUCUGCGUGAUAUCUGCAUACUGUAUGGGUAUCCUACGUAUCUAUACAUCUUUAUGUAUCGCAUAUAAACACUAGUUCGAUUUGUUUGAUUGGGAUAUUGUUUUACAACGUUGCAUAUCGAAUUUAAAUCAUGACUUUUGUGGCAAUGUAUAGUGGGUGAGCAUAACAUUAUCAUUGAAUAACACUGUCCUUGUAUAACACGACGGGAUGGUCGUACGGGUCGUAAGGGCAUCUCUCUUUUUGCCAAACAAACAAUAGUUACCUAUAGUUCAAUGCACGUUAAUAUUUAUGCGUUAUAAAAACGACAACGGGGCGCGGUUGAGUUGAAUAGCAAAUGUAUGUUAUAACAAUAUCAUGUGGGUAGUCAAAUUACGAAAAGAAAAAAAAAAACAAACGGUGACCAGUCCCGGAGGAAUGCGACACGUUGACCUCUAAACUUGGCAAGGGGCAUAGUAAUGGGAACCUAUAGUUAAUAUUUACGUGUUUUCACAUUCGUAUCGGCACUUGGCAUUGCACGGAUUACUAGUGGCCGGAAGUUUUAUCACUAUUGUUGUAUUUCAUUAGUGUUAAUUAUUCACGUAGUAACGUCUAUUGAAUUAUGAAGGAGUUAAGCCCGGAUUUAGGAGGAUGCUCGGGUCUUGGAAUUUCCAUAAUAUAUGGUGACCAUAUUAUAUUGAUAUAUUAUAAUCUUACUUGCGAACAAUUUAUAUUUCGAUUACACUUGUAAAUAUGAUAAACAUAUUCACAAAUUCCAUUUUAUAUGAGCGUAAUUAUAGAGCAAGAAAUUGCACUUCCUUAAACCAUCAACCGUAACCGACUUAUAUAGAUUAUUGAAUAACAAUAUUAUCUAAGAAAACAUAAUUUUAAUGAAUUCAUAAAUAAAUAAUAACCUACUCGCCAACUAUCCAAGUAUCCAAGAAGAAUAACUAGUUAGAUGGUCGUGGAGAUUAUGGUAACUAUAAUAUACACAGAGACGUGUUUUAGGACUAAUCUAUAAAGUACAGACAUCUCAUGGUUUUUACAUUCCUAACUAUUUAAAUUGUAAAAUAAGUAGUAGAAGUUAAAUGACAGAUUUAAUAUUUUAAAUUUGAAUAUUUUUUACUGUUUUAUGUGCAUAAUUAACUUUUUAAAAUACUAUUUAUUAUUGGAACAAACAAUAAAUUUACUGAGAAAUUUAUAUUUUAAUUUGUAUGUAAUUUAAUUUAAAUAGGUAUCCACUUACAUAAAAAUAUUUCAAACAAAUAUUUAAGUAACUAGGCACCUAUGAAUUAUAUUUAUAAUAUGAAUUUUAAAAUAUCUAUGUUACGCAUCCAUAGGUAUACCCGAUUUACACUUACACACUAUGCGGUUGUAAAAGUUCUAGGUAUAUUACCCAUAGUUAAAAAUUUAAAUAAGUUAUGUAAAGUAUAAUCAUUAUUAGAUAUUUAUUCAUAACUUUUUUACUUCUACAUAUAUUUUAUUCUCCACACUAUUUUUUGUAUUAUACAUUUCACACACAAAUAGGUAGUAUAGGUUUGGCUAAUAAUGGUUAUAUUUUAAUACAGGUAGGUACCUACCUAAUUAUUUUGUAUUAUUCGAUUGGGGCUGUAGAUUUUAAAGUUAUACUUGCACGAGUUCUACGAGUAUUUACAGGUUAGUAUAGCGUUAGAGACAGUAAAUAUUAAACAAUUAUAAUUAUUAUAAUCAAUAGACAUACUGAAGGUGGAGGUAGAUAUCUAUAUACAGACACCUACCUAUAUACGGGCUAUACUCAUUUAUCAUUUUACUGAAUGGUUAUGUUGGCUUAGGUUAGGUACAUUAAGUACCUAUUAUAUUAUUUUUAAUAAGUAGUUGUGCUCGAAUAAAUCUUCAAAAUAAUAAAUAAAUAAUAAUUAGGUAUUUCUUGUAAAUUGCGCGAUGUGCAAAUUCAGCAAUAAGUUAAUACCUACCUACAUAAUAAAGACUGAAAUUAAAUUUCCGUUAUAUAAUCUAUGGUAGGAUAAUAUUUCGAGAAUCGAGGUAUAUAUUAAGUUUCGUCAUGAACAUAAUAUCAUUAACAUAAUGUUCUUAAUUUUGAUAAUAAAAUUCAAAAUUGAAUACCUAAUAAUUUUUAAAUGACAGUCAAAUCAAAAUUUAAUUUAAUUGGGAUAACUCUGCUGAAGUAAAAUAGUAUUUCAUUUUGAUAAAAUACACUUUAUUCAAACUAAUUAUUGCAGUUACAAAUGAAUCGAGUGGAGAAAUAUUAGGGUCAGUGAACUAUACCUCCGUAUAUAUAACUAUACCACGGGAGUUGGGGAGAUAUAUUGUGUUCUUGGGUCGAUGGCGAUGCGAAAUAAACGUGUAGUAUCAAUAAAAGUAUGGUGAUAAUUUCAAAUUUUAUUAGUAAAAAGGACAGAUGUAUAGAAUAAAUAAUUAUAGUAAAAAUAGACUGCGUUAAUCUAUUGGCAAUGAGUAAUAACAAACUAGUCAUUUAUGUUUUCCUUCUUACAUAAACAUUUCGAUUUUUUUUUAUUUCGUAUUAUACUGUAGGCUGGUAAAAAAUGCUGUCACUUUUUAUUACUUCUGUUAUGUUUUUAACGAAUCUAAUCAUACAUUUGAAAUUAAACGCCUCUUAAAAUAAAUAAUAUUAUUAAGCUUAAUCUUUUUUUAUCGCGUAAUACAAUAUAUUAUGGUGAAACUUAUUCUAUCAAAUUAUUCAAUCUAAUUAUUAGCCUUUUUACGAAGUUAAAAAAUUGAAUUCACAUACAUUUGAAUUUGUUCGGUCAUUAUUUUAAAAUUAAUAAACAAACGGACAUACUUUGCACCAUGAGUGGGUUACUAUUGUAGGUAUGAAGUUAGGAAUGUAAAGGGGAAAUUUAAUGCAUAUCUGUAUACAAAGAUUAAUAAUUGUUAACUAAAACGAUUCUGAGCGGAGUUUGGUUGUACAUGUUUUAAAAGGCCGUAAUAUUUGAAAAUAAUUUCGUAUAUUUUCUCGUUUUUCUUAUGUUUCUCUCGAUUUUUUCCCAUUUAUUAUGAAAACUCCUAGGAAAACCUAAAAUACCACUCCAGUCAGAUUCUCUUUCAGAAAAAUGCUAGGUACACUAGACAAGUUGUUCAUAGAAACAAAAAUAAACAUCAUCAUUGUAAAACCAAUACAUUCCUUGCUGCGCUCAGAAUCUAAAAUAAUGGACCUAAGACAGCGACAAAAAUAUGGACCACUAGUUUUUUUUAAUCCUUGUGGACCGAUCUGUUGCCAGUCCGUCACUGAAUGACUGUAAACUAAUGUACAUCCUAUAAGCACUUGUAUCUACAAUUACUGCUUAUUUAUGCCAUUGAAUAUUUUUUACUAAAUCAACAUAAAUUAUGAUUUAAAUAAUACUAUGAAAAUAUGGUGGAAUAUUUAUUAAGAUUAAAUUUAGUCAAAUAUAACGAAAUUUAAUAAUAAUUAUAAUUAUAUCAGAAACCAAGUAGUUAUAAAAAUAUUGUUUUUAAGCUAAAAGUUAAAUAACAAUUAAAUUUUAAUUACUAGUGUACCUCGGUAUUACAUUGUAAUAUUGUAAUUUGUAUGACCUAUGUAUUUAUAAUAUUACAUUAUUUUCCCACGUGAUACAUUUUUCAUUACCGUAAUAAAUUAUGGACAUCAUCCACUUUAAAUCGAAUUGAGCUAUUAACGUACAUCAUAUUGUCUUAUAUGUUUAUAGUUAUUACUAAAAAAAAAAAACUGUUUUUAACUAAUACCGAGCAAUUUACAUUAAAAUUAAAAUUAUAAAAUUAGAUUUACGAAUUUAAACAAAACUAUUUUUCAAUAUUAUCCUGUCGGUAAUCGACAAUGAUGUAUACGUUUACAGUUUGUUUUUCCAACAAAUAUUUAACGUUAUUCAGAAAUGCUUGAAUGAACACCGUUUAAUACAAAACAACGAAAGAAAUCAAAACAGAAGGGUGGGAGAUUGAUAUGUGCACAAUGCAUCUAUUAUGUGUAUUAUAUAUUUUAUUAUAAUGCAUAAGACACCUGCAUUAUAUAUUUUAGGUAUUUUAAUAUUUAAAUUUGAUAUAAAUUAUAUAAAAGAAUGAAUGUGAUAUUAUUUUCUAUACAUUCAAUUCAAAAAUUCAAAUCAAUACAAUAUUUCUUUAAUUCAUAUUUGUUUUCUAUUUGGUAGAACCAUUUUAGUAAUAGUACUGAUAUAAUACUAUAAUAGUAAUUAAUAACUAAUGAGUUAAAGGUUAAAGCUGAAAUUGCAUUGAUACAAUCUUUCGUUUAAUUAUACCAGUGGCCAGUGGGCUACACGUUGGUUAUUUUUAAACUAGUGACAGCUAUAAUUUAUUAUUAUUUAACCUGGCCGGCGACGUUGGGUAAUGCCAGCUUUCACGUGCAAGACCAUAAUACUAUAAACUUUAUUAUUACUAACAAUCCUUAUUCAGCGUGCAGGCGUUGUCCGACUAUAUUUUAUUAAUCCCAAUCUUCUAUUCGACAAAAAAUGAAAUGAAUCCCAUUAGAAGUUACGGAGAUAAGAGGCGAUGAAAAAAACACCUCCAUCAGUAAAAAAAAAAACAUAGUUACAAAGUAAAAAUUGUCCAGAACUCCAGCAUAGGUACAGUUUGUGUAAUUUGUUUGUCUAAAAACAUGUCCAGUUAUUUUGUCAACUUACAGUUCUCCCUUAUUUGCGUAUGUGAACUCCGCGCAAUUAUUACCUCAAGCGAUUCCACCCACUGUAAAAUUGUAUAUACAGUGUAAAUACCGGGAUAAUUAUUGGACCGUGAAAAACAUUAAAUUCGUUUGUUUACCCGUGUUGUCAAGGGAAACUCAAAACGGAAAAAACAAUAAAAAAAAUAUGUAUUCAGUUUUCGUAUUCAAAGUCCAAAAUUUAAGUCUAAGUAUGUGAGUUCUCGUUAGCCCGGGAUUUUAAGAGUUUUUACCAUUUGUUUUCUUGAUCAUAAUUCACACGUGUACUCUAUAAUAAUAUACACAUUACGCAGUCAAAUUUAAUUUUCUUUUUUAGAUUCUGAGAAGACCGAAGAAGCUAUUAAUUUUACUAAAAUCUGUUUUUUCUUUAAAAAACAUUUUUUCAUUUAGGUAAAUACUCAAAAUAAGAACUAAAAAAAUAAAAAUCUAUCUCAUCUCAACUCUAAAGUACUAUUUGAUUAUUAUUAUUUUUUUGUCAUUUAUAAAUUAUCUAUCUUCAUGAUGUGCAUUUUUUUCUGUUACUCUACUGCUUCAAAAAUGAUUACUAGAAAAAAAAUAAACACACUACCUUCUAAAUCAAUAGCUCCCUUGAUUGCUCUGAAUCUUAAAUUAAAUAAUUUUUAUAUCACAAAACAUUAUGUGAUAGUUAAUGUUAUAAUGUAUUAUAAUAUUCGUAAAAAAAUAUAAAAAAAAAAUUGAAAUUGAAAAUAAUAAAAUGCCUAUUGUAUCUAUAAUAUACCAGGUAAAUACUCGAAGGUAUUUCUUAUUAUAUCUUGUGGUUUAUAAUUUUUUUUUUUCUAACCAUAUGGUUCUCUAAGAGUUAAUUAUAAGUAUAAUAAUUAUAAAACACUUGUUAUUUGUUAUUAAUUGUUUUAAAAAUAAUUUAUACUAUUUCCAAUGCGAAUAAAAUGCAACAUUAUAAUAACGUGUUACAAAAAAACUGUUCGAUAGUUUAUACGAAUUUUAAUGGCACCUAGGUGUCUAUAUUAUAAUACAGAGAGUGCCGAACUAUGUUGUUCUAUUAUAUUUAUUAAAUUGAAUAUUUCUAAUCAUUUAAUAUUCAUGUGUCGUGUGUAUAGUGCUAUUAUAUAUUCAUGUUUCAACUCAAUUGUAUAAGACUAAUCGAUUUUCUAGUUCACAAAUGAAUAUUAAUUAAGGCUAUAAAGAUCUAUUUUAUAACAGGUCAUUGAACGAUCUGUGUCCAAGAAUGUCAUCGAUUCCACGGUCAAAGACGUCGAUUUUGUGAUGAUAAUCGAUUCUGCAAGUGCAUUUUUUUUUUCUGUAGGCUUGUCCUUGACACGGAUAUAAAAAAGAUCAUUUCGUCGUUUGUCAUUUAAUUUUAGGUUUUUUUCUUUAACCGUCUUUACGCGAUAUUUCCAUACCGUGAACAAUCGCUGCUUGGGAAGAGAGCAUUGACAUGUUCCUGCGGUGCAGAUAUAAUAUAUAUAUAUAUAUAUAUAUAGCUACACCGAAACAGAUCUCGUUCCCAGGAUCGUUCUAAUUAGCCUCAAAAAUAGCCACUGAAUGCUAUUAACGAGAAAAAAAAUACCAAUUGUUUGGUUUGGGAACAACAUUACAUAUAUAUUACAGUAUACAUCACCUAUUCCUGACAUGAAAAAUUCCAGGACAGCAUUAGUGGGGGAGAGAUACUGAUGGGGCGUAUCAUCAUCAAUGUGCAAUCAUAAUAGAUAUAAUAUAAUAUGUUAUAUGCGUGUGAGGAACGGUACUUUUAUGCGUAUAGGUAUAAACUGACGUCUGACAUACCUAUACUCAAUCAAACAUACGAGCUAGAAGUAUUCAUAUUAUAUUUGGACCAAAUAGGUUCAUGAAUAGAAUACGACGAUUAUGUAGGUAAGCAAUUUAAUGAUUCGUAAUAGUUUUGACACAUAUGCCUGCAGAAAACUUCAUGUACUAUUUAAUUAAUAAUUACAUGUUUCACAUUGUGUUUACAUAAAUAUUUGUGUUACGAAUUAAUAAAUAAUAAUUUAACAAUACAAAACAAUUUUUUUCAAAAAAAUACUAUAACGUUAUAUAAAGGUCGAUAACCUCCUAAUAGUUUUCAAAUACAAAUCGAACACCACUAUUAUUGUAGGUACUGCCCCGUUAAGCAAAACGACUGGAAGUAAUUUUGAUACUUUUUUUUCCACGGAUGUUAAGAAGAGUACAAUAGAUUUGAAUUGAACGACUUCUAGAUAUGUUACAAUAGUAUAAUACGAAAAUACUCAUGAAUUUUAUGUAUACCAAACAAUUUCGGAAUCCAAAUUUACAAAAUAUGUUAACUAUAUUUACUAGGUAACCUUUUCGUUAUUCACUUAUAAUAUAAUAUGAUUCAAUAUUACAAUUUACCUAUACACAAUACAAUACACAAUAUAAUCUAAGUAAAUGCAUAAAAUAUAACUGUAUAAUGUAUAAGUAGGUAACCAAUAAAUAUUAGAGUUCCAUACAAAUGGAAGUAUGUAGUAUUAAAUAUGAAUAAAUUAAUAUAAUAGCAUAUUUCACUUUAUACUAUUAUAAUAUAUCAUACGGGGUUAUGUGUUAACAAUUUUUUUAAAGUAAUAACACAUUGAUAUACGAGAACAGUUAGAAUUGCUUGAACUAAACUAUCUAUCCGUGUUAUGAGACUACGUUAUUUUAAUUUUAAUUUAACUACGGAUAAAGUAAAUAUCUGUGGAGAAAUUAGGAAAAAAUAAACACGAUUUUUUACAAGAAAAAAAUGAUGUAGACAGUAGAUAUGCAGUAAUAGUAGGUACAUAAAAGAUUACAGAUAAAAAUAACUUUCAUCUUUCUCUUUCUAGUCUACAGGUAGAUCGACGAUCACUGAUCAGUUAAUUAUAAAUAAUUGAAAAUAAUUAAAAAAUUCUAGUAUAGAUAUAUGUAUUCUAUAGUUGACUUGGAAUAAGUUAUAAGUGCAUUUCCUUUUUGGAAUUAAAAAAAAAAAUUGUGCUCGGUAUAUUUUCUACUGUAAUCAAUUAACAAUUAACUAAUAAAAAUCGAUUUAUUUCAUUUAUAUAAUUUCAUAUUUUAUAUUAAUCGCAUCAUUAUAUUUAAUAAACUAUAGAUAAUUAUUUGGAAACUUCAUAUACAAUCUGUUUUUAUGAUAAAAUUAAAUAAAUUAGAUUUUGAUUAAGUAACUUCUGGGUAGGUAUACCGACGUAAGAAAAGAAUGAUAGACAUGUUUCAAUUACGUUGUCUAAUACUUUCGUUUGCUCAUUGUUGGUCAAACGAUAUAAUUUAGAAAAAAAUGUGUAUAAUGACAUCACGAUGUUAUAGAAAUGAACAAUAGAAUCGCGUUAAAUAAUAUACUAUAACAAAACCUAAGUAGGCAGAAAGAUAACGUUUAUCGCUUUCAAAACAACAAUUGACCGUAAGUAUAACUUAAGGAAACAAAAUAUAAUUUAUUUUAGAAUUAGAAUCUAUGAUCAUCUGAAACUCGUCCAAGCUUAAAGCCUAAGAGAAAGUUAAUAAAAAUAUUUGUUUAACAUUUAUUGAAUAUAUACAAAUUAAAAUGUUGGAGUACAUUUUUGAAUAAACCGAAGAAUUUAUUAAUAAUAGUUAAUAAUACCAUAAAAAAUACCGGUUUAUGUGGUUUACUAUAAGAAUUACUACCAACGUUGGUAUGCCGUUGAGAUGAGUAAUACCUAUGUCCUAUACCCAUCAAACAUGUUUUGAGUUAAUAACAUGAUGACUGAUGGAACACGAUGAACUUUUAUCAAAAUACAAAUUAGGUUACUACAUUAAUUGUGAUUUCCAACUUUCAUUUUCCGAUAAUAUUAAAUGUAUUGCAGUCCAUUUUUUUUUUUUUUUUUAUGGUUAUCAAUAAAUAAUUAAUUUUGUAUGCAAAAAAUGACAUCGGUUCAGAAUUAAAUUGCUAAAAGCGUCAUUUGACUUCUCAAUUGUCAUUCGUAAUUGAUUGUUUUGUUUGAGCACUGUUGUACGUGACUAAAAUCACCAGAAGCGUUAAAAUGAAAGAAAAUUAUUCUGUGUUGAUUUCCUCGUCAACCGGAUGCGCUAGUCGAACAACAGAGUAUUUUUUUCGACAAUCUUCUAAAAAAGAUUGGAUAUAAUACGCAAACCUGUUGAAAUAGUUGUAGAAUAUCGCCGUAAGUGAUUAUACACACUACCGUGUUCCAUUCGGAUGCUUACUAGCUAUCAUCUUGUCGAUAGAGGAAAAAAGUUCCUCCAAGUCACGUAUGACAGGUGUACCAUGACUGCCGUAUUGGCUGACAAGAGAAUUAUAUUGCCAGGUGGUCUAGUCUCGUCACGGUGUUUUGAGUAGUUCAUCACGGCUGUCUAUUGGUUGUUGUUAUUGUGUUAAUGAACGAUGUUAAAUUGUUCAUAUACACAAACCUGGAAAAUAUAUAAUUGCAUCGACAUAUACUACGGUGGUAAACUGGUUUCAACUAUUUAUAUGCCGGUUCUAGGCUAGUAGGACUGUUGGUCGUUGGAUGUCGCAUCACACGUGCCACGCAUAACCAGUUAUUCUUGCCCAUAUCAAUGGAAUUUUUUGUAUAAUAACUGGGACAGUGAGAGAUCAACAACUUUUCCUGAUGUAUACCUACCCUACCUACCUAUACAAUUAUAUUGCACGUUUUUCCUGCAGUAGAAUCCUGCAUUAUACAGUGUACUCAUCUCUCGUCAUUAAGCUGCAAUCAUGUAUUGUAUCAUAAAUGAGAAAAUGAUUUUUUGUAAUUUACUCGCAGACAAAUAGGAUAUACGGACAAUCGGGUGGGAUAAUGAUGUAGAUGUAAUUUUCAGGUUCGACGGCCUACCUUGUGUGGGCGCUUCGUCUAAUCUACCGCAGUCAUCGUCCAAUGGCUAUUGUUAUUUAACUGUAUUCUUGUAAGAAUAGCUAAUGGAUUUUACAUUGUAAUUUAUAAAUAAUCCACCAAUGGGAUAACAAUUUGAUUUUGAUUUUGAUUUCACAUGCUGAGUUACUGUUUAGACUUUAAUGUUAUAAAUAUAAUGUAUGCAUAUUAUUCUUAUGAAACAACACUGUCCAACAACAGAAUAUAGUCCGACGAUUACUCAUUCAAUACAUGUAUUCUAAUGCAUAUGGAAUGCAGUUUAAAUAUAAAAAAUUAAGUGUAGCUAGAAAGUAUUGAUCAUGACCUGACAAAUAAUAUAAAUCAAUUGUCAUUGUGCAUUUUAGCUUACGAAAUAUUUCAUUUUAUGCAAUCUCGAUUAAUGUUUUUUUUGUUUUGCCGAUGAUAACAAAUGUUUGGCAAUCACUAUAUCCGGUGUCCGAACUGGUCUUUAAUUAUUUGUGUCAAGUAUGCAUCUAAUUAAAUAGCUAUCGAAUGGACAUUAUUGUUUCGGUUGAAAUGGCCAAGGGCACUAAUACAUGUUUUGGUCAUUUAAUAUUUAUUAUUACAUUACAUUAUUCAGGAAUACAGGAACGUAAUAAGUGUGUACGUACAAUAAUACGUAUAAUACUAUAAUAUUAUUAUGUUCUCACAGACGGUUAAUUUUGCAGAACCAACAUGCCAGGGCCGAGGAGGUUUAGUAGUGGGGGAGUAGGCGGUGGAGGACAGGCGUGGGAAAUGGGCGAACGGCGAUAUUCUGUAGCUGGUACAGACCCUCAUUUAAGUCAUCAUGCGGUCACAUCAAUGGGACCACCAGCAUCUGAAGAUCUUCACGCUUGGAGUAUUUACAGGUAAAAAUCACUUUAAAUACGUUUUUUAUUCGUUAUUAUAUUGCAUGAUUUAUGGUGCUGUUUUUUUUUUCAACAGGCAAAAUUUAAAUUCCGAUUUUACGGAUUCUGCUCUUGGUUCAAGUGAGAAGUCCCCCUUACCAUAUGGUAACUUUCAGUUACGUGAAUCUACCGUACAGUCUAUACUCAGCCAUCCACGAUAUGGACCAAAGUAUGAUGUACAUAAAUCACCUUUAAGUUCAAAUAUGUACACGUAUCUCAAGUUUGGUUUACCAAGAGUAUUUCCACCAAAUAGUCGUAGAGAUGGGUCCAGCGGUUAUGACUCUAGUGAUGAUGGAGCUGCAAUGCGUACCCAAAGGCCUUAUACGAGAACUAGGAGUGAUCCAGACUUUUGCAACCAUGCAUUGUAUCAUGGCGGGGUAGACUAAUUUUAUCACUGAAUUCGAAAAAUGUAUAUUUUUUUAUAAUUACAAAAUAAUAAAUUAUUUUUUUAGCCUACGUUACAAAGACAUCACCCAGGUCGUCGAGGAAAAAGUAUAAGUGAGGCUAAUUUACUUGCACCUCAUGGAUAUCCUAUUCGUCAUGAACUUCCAACAAUGCGAAGAAGCGUCCAUGACUUACGGGCAUUGUCCGAAGUAAAUCAUCAUCACCAUUAUACUAAUCCAGCACACCAUUACAGGUAUACAUUUUAGUGAUACCUACCUACAACUUUAGCUGAUGUAUGUAGUUUAAAUUAAAAUUGUUCUUUAAUAGUUCUCAUCACUUGACGAGCGGUAGGCCAGCUUCCAUCGCUGUUGUCGGUACAACUGCUACCACACCUAGAGAUAGAAGUAUUAGUAUGAUGAGCAAUUUAAGUCCAAAUCGGUCAGACAUAUAUGGCCAACCCGCAAUUGUUUAUCCAUAUCUUCAGGUAUAUUAUAAUUUUGUUGCCAUCUUUCUAUUUUCGAAAAUUGUCAUGUUUUCAUCAUUCCUGUUAAUGUAGUUAAAGAGCCGCAUCACUUACAUUUGAUUUCUCUGUCUGUCUCGCGCGUAAUAUAUCAACAGAGGCAUUCCGCAUUUUCACUAUUGUGACUCUCUGGUUGAGUUUAGGGUAAAGAGAUGUAUAAAUUUUAUAGUAUUUACUAUGAUUUACUAUGAUACUUUACUAUAGAUUUUACGAAUGAUUUUAUUUUAAUAUUAUCAUUUUUUAAUUUAACUUAAUUCUCUUAAUCCAUAUCAUUAAUAACGUAUAAUGAAAUUUAAAAUUUAAAAAAUAAUUAUUUGUAGAAUUCAUAGUAAAUACACUUUUUGUAAAAUGUAUACCUAGGUCUUUUUGCCUUUAACUGUAUCAGAGAGCUGAUAUUGCGAAAUCCGAAAUAUCAAUAACAGAUAAAGAAAACACAAUAUGUUAGUACGAGGCUCCUUAAUUUUAUUGAAAAAUAAAUAUUAUUAUGAAUAAUUUAAUUGUAUAACGUCAUAAUAUUUUACUUUAAAGUAUAUUAGUGUUCAAAUUAAUUUAAUACAUACGAUGUAUUAAAAGCGAUGUUAAUAAACUCAAUUAAAAUUUUAGGUAAGAGGUUUAGAAGUACCAAGUAGUUCAGAUGGAAAAAGGCCAAAAAUUCAAAGCAUUUCAUUUGAAGUUCAAGCUGGUGAAGUAAUGGCCUUUAUGAUGACAUCAGGUAUUAACCGUACUAAACAUAAUAUACUUAUAUAUAAUUAAUAAUUAUAUUACAUACAUGACAAUAUUUUUAUCAUAAAAUAGCAAUUUUCUCGGAGUAUUUUAAGUAGAUUCGAUUUCAUAAUAUUGUCCAUAACGAUAAAAAAAAAAAACAGAAUCAAAUUCACUAAAAAUUCUCACAGAAAAUUGCUGGUUCAUGAUAAAAGAAUCACUCUGUACAUUGUUAUUUAUAACUAGGGUACAAAUGAUGUUGCAGUAAAAAAAGAUAGCAUAUAUUUGUAGUAUUGCACUGAAAUGUACCAAUUGAACUACAAAAAAAUGCCUUGAGUGCAAAUAAUAUGUUGCAAAUAUAUACAUUUGCAAGUUUGGACCAUGCGUAUUUCCUAUUUAGGACGUAUGGUUAAAAAAUAUUUGGUUUUUAUUUGUAGAACGAGAAGGAGAAGCUCUUUUAAGUAGUCUUGCAAAUCGCCAUCCAUGUCAAGUACAACACAUAUUACUUAAUGGCCAAAAUAUUUCUCUUUCUUCAUUUUCAAAACGAAUUGCUUACAUACCCGCUGAAGCUAAGCUAGCUCCUAACUUAAGUGUAGCACAGACUUUAGCAUUUUAUUCUCAUCUGCGUAAAGCUCCUGCUCGUGCCAUACCCAAAGUAUCUCAAAAUGAUCAGGUUUGUAAAUGUUGAUAUGCAGGUAUAUUAAAUAGUGUUUCAAUUAUAUAAUUUAAUAAUGAAUAUUUAAAUAAUAUUUUAUUUUAGAUGGGAGUACUAAUUGAAGAGUUGGGUCUUGGACAAGUGUUGAAUACUAAUGUUUCUGAACUAACUGCUUCUGAAGCCCAAAGAUUAAGUGUAGCUUGCCAUUUAAUGUCAGACGCAGAAAUUAUAAUGCUUGAUAGACCAACAGUAACAAUGGAUAUAUUCGAUACGUUCUUUCUAGUUGAAUUUCUUAGACAAUGGGCUGCUGGCGCUCCUAGUACGUAUUUAUAUAAUUUAUACAAUAAUUAUAUUAAGUAUGAAUAAAAAUGAUAGUUAUUUAUUUUUAGCUGGUGUUAAUCCACGUAUUGUAAUGGUCACCUUGCAGCCACCAACAUAUGAAAUCUUUACUAUGGUUUCCAGAGUGGCAUUAAUAUCUGUUGGUCACCUAAUGUACUGUGGUAGACGUAGAAAUAUGUUGCCAUAUUUUUCAUCAGCUGAUUAUCCAUGUCCUGCAUUCAAAAAUCCUUCAGAUUACUACCGUAAGUCAAAUAAAUAAUUAAUAUUUAUUUAACAAAUUAUAAAAUAAUUUAUUCAUUUAAUAUAUAUUAAUAUAAAGUGUAAAUAUCUUUCUAGUUGAUUUAGUGACAUUAGAUGACUUAUCAGCAGAAGCCAUGUUAGAAUCAAGCCAAAGGGUAGAACAAUUAGCGGAUUUAUUUAGAAGAAGAGUUGAACCGUUACCAGAUCCUGGACCACCGCAAUCUUUACCAGGAAAACCACGAACUGCAUCUGUGCCAAUACAAAUCGUUGCCAUAAUACUGUAUGAAUAAUGUGUUUACAUAUUUCAAUGUUUUAUGAAUGUCUUAUUAAAUAUUAUAUCUCUUCAUAUUUAUUAAUAUUUAGACGUCACAUGGCGUAUUCACAACCCAGGAGUAGUCUACGAUGGAUUUCUAGGUUAUUUAUUGCAGGUAUAUUAUCCAUAAUUAUUGGUGCAAUAUUUUGGGAUAUUCCUGCUACAGAUCCUCAACUUUCAUUCGGUGACAGGUAAAUAAAUGAAACAUUAAUAGUUUAUAAAAUGUAUUAACUACUUACCUAUAUUUGUUCAGGAUGGGAUUUUAUUAUAGUACUAUGAUAGUUGGAGCAUUGCCACUCAUUUUACAAAUUGCAUUAAACGAUACUCAUGGUAAUGAUCGGAAUGCUAUAGAAAGUGAUAUUGCUGAUAAUUUAUACAGUCGAUUUGUGUACAUUUUAACAUCUGUAAGUUACAUUUUUAUUAUAUUUUAAAAAUAUAAAUAUAAAACUAAAAUAUUUUACAAUGUCUUUAGAUUUUCUGUAGUAUUCCUCCAUCUGCUUUAAUUUGGGUUGUGUAUUCUGUGCCAGCAUAUGCAAUGUCAGCUCUCUAUCAAUAUUUGAGCGAUCCAGAGCCAUUUUUUGCAUAUAUAUGUAAGUAUAUAAUGUUAUAAUGUUUUAAGACAUAUUACAAUUAUAAACAGUACCUAUCAAACAUUUCAAAACUUUUUUUCUAGAAAGUUCAGUGUGUUAUAUUGGUAUUGUAUUAAUGUAUAACAAAAUAUUAAUAAUUUGAAUGUUCUAUAUUUCUUAAGUGUACAUUGUGAUUCAUAUGAGUGCUCUCCAAUUAAUGGCUACAGCCAUAGGAUACCUUAUGCCAGAUCGUCUCAGUUCAUCAGUAUUGACAACAAUAACUGUUUUUAUAUCUGGUAUAGUUAGUGGGGUACCACUCAACUUUGCUGAUAUAAAGAAAAUGCCAGGAAUCCGAUUUCUUUCUACUUUGUCUCCUACUAGAUACUUAAUGUUGCCAUUGUUACAAAAUGAUCAUACACAUGAAACUCUUGUUUCACUUGCUUCAUCUCUUGUAUGUCGCAACAAGCAGGUACACAUAUUGUUUGAUUGUAGUCAAAGGAGAUUUUAUUGUUAAUUUUGUUAAUUUUUAUUUAGAUUCAACAUCAAGAUAUAAUUGUACAACUACCGUGUCCUAUCCCAAAUGGUACUGCAGCUCUCAUUCAUCAUGGUCUUCUUGCACCGGCAGUAGAACCAUAUAUGAUAUUGACUAAUCAUGAUCCAUUGUGGUCUGGACUUCUUCUGUGGGGUUUUUUUGCUUCAAUUGUUAUAAUUUUUUUUGUAAGCAUUGGUAGGUUUUGUAAUAGAUUUCAUAAAGUUUGUCGACCGCAAAGAUAACUGUAGAUUUUAUGUGAAUAUGUUAAUUUUUGUUUAUAACAAUCAAUAACAAAUUAGAUAUUUAUUUAAAAGAAAUUAUUUUUAAAAGUACGAGGUAUAUUUUUUACUAGUUUUGUUUAUAUGUUUUUAAAGCGGUUGUUCAAAUAGAUUUUAUAGAAUUCAUAAACAUAUGUGACAUGAAUGUCGAGAUCGAACAUCGUUAUUACUUGUAUUAAUCAUGUCAAGUGCUAGAUCAAAUUAAAAUAUGCAACGAAUAUAGUUUUACAAAUAUUAAAUUGAACUAUGUGCAAUUAAAUCAAUUAAAUUUAAAAACUAUGAUUAUACCGUGUGGCGUGUUCUUUUAUACAAAUCGCUCAAUCUUCUAUGAUUUUAUUGACAAAAUCAACAUAAACUAUUAGUAAAUCUAUUUAAUUUAAAAUAUGUUUGUAAAAUAUAUUAUACAUUAACUAAAUAAUUACCUAUAUAAUAAAUAAACUAUUACUAUUACAGCUGAAUUAUAGUCUAUAUCUAUAAAUAUAAGUAAUUACCUACCUACAUGAUAUCUGUUAAUAUUAGUUUAAUGUAUAAUUAUUAAAAUUGCUCAUUAUAAUAAUAUAUAUAUAUAUAUAUACAUAAAUAUAAUAUAAUUAAAUGUUACAAUAAUAUUUUAUGUACAAAUUUGCAAAAUAAAUACAACAACGAACAUUGUUUUAUAAAAAUGUUUUUUUUUUUUUUUUUAUUUGACUAUUAUAGUUAUAGUUUUUGUACAUAUUAAUUUAUGAUGUAUGUACCUAGUAAAGUAUUAACUGUAAUAUAAUAAUUAAUAAUUAUCGUAUAUAAUAAAGCCCAAAUUAAAUAUCCACACAAUUUAAAUAAUAUAAGAUCAUAUAUCAUUGUAUGUUUAAUUCACACAUGAUACUUGUACCUAAAUAUUGAAUUGUAUGUUAUAUUAGUACCUACAUUUAAAAUUGUUCCUAAUGCGCUACAAUCAUUUUGUAGAUACAUUACUGCUGUUGUACCUAUUUGUUUUUGGUUUUUUUUUUUUUUAUAAUUCCUCUAAUGUAACAUUUCGCG